AUGGUGUGUAGUAAUCAUUUUCAAGUGAAGUACGCUCGAUUUUUAAUUAAAUACCAUCUUGUCAUAUUUUGUGGGAUAUUUACUAUGGCAAGCAUUGGUCUUGUUUUAUUAAUAUAUAAACGUGAUCAAAUACAGAUUGAACAUUUGUUAAAAGGCUUUCAAGUACAUGGAACUAAAUCAUCUGAUGAUUAUCGAAAAUUGAUCGCACUUAUUCGUGAAACUCAAACAACACAUCUAUUUCCGCAUUCUAUCCAUAGCAAAAAAUUUCAGCAAACACCAUACUCAAAUUUCAAUCCACAUAUCGAUCCGUGUUCGAAACGAUUCUAUUCGUCCACAUGUCCUAUUUUACAUUACACAGAAUUAACAUUUGCUUUGAAUAAUAAUUCAACAACAUUAUUUGAUGAUAUAACUAAUUUUAAAACAGUAUGCGAACUUGAAUGGUUAUUACGUAUGAGAUUUACCAAUUGCUCAUUAAUAAUCAAUGAUUCCUGUUGUCAAUUCAUAGGACCAGUACGACUUCUUUUCGAUGGACAAUUCAAUUCAUUCGAACAAUGUGAAAAUCUUACAUUAAACCAAUUAGGAAAAUUUCAAUCUCAAUGGUUAUCAUGCAAUUUAUCGUUAUGUCCAAAUACUCAUCUUUACAAUUAUCUUCAAAAUCUUCGAUCGUCGUCAACAUUUAAAAUCUACAUAAAUAUUGAAAAUAAUACAGAAGAUCUUCUUGAUUUAUAUACAUAUGUUGACAAUAAAGAUUAUCAAUAUAAAUUUCAAUUACUAAACAUAAAAUUUGAUUCCAAUGAUGAACAAAUUAUAUUUAACUAUCUUCUUCAAACGAAUCUACCAUUAUUAUGUUUCACUAUUAGUCUUUAUCUAUUAUGUCUUGUAUUAUUUGUUAAAAAUAUUUUCUUUAUUCUAAUUAUUAUUCUACAUGUAUUUAUAACAAUACUCUUCAGUUCAAUGAUUUACAUUUAUGUAUUUCAUUUUCCAAUAGCUAUACUGAAUUGUACAAGUAUAAUAUUAUAUCUAUUCAUAAUAUUUAUUGACUCAUUUCUUUGGUAUACAUGUUGGUCGGUUAAUAAUCAUCGGCGAGAUGAUUGUACAAUACAUCGUAUUAUGGAAAAUUUGUUAACACAAAUAUUUUAUUAUUUAGUACCAAAAAAUUUAGUAGCUAUGAUGACACUUGUUAUAACAUAUACAAAUCAAAUUAUAGUCUUACAAUGUUUUGCAGUUUUUUCUUUUCUACUUGUAUCAAUCUCGUUUUUUGUUUCAUUUACACUCUAUCCUGUUUCAUUUGUUUUCAUUCUUCGACAUCAAUCAUCGAUUCCGACAAUUGAACAUUGUUUAUAUAGGCUUUUUAAAAAAAUAGCGAAUCUCUGCUAUAUUGAUCGUGCAAUACCUUACCUUAUAGUACGAUUAAAAGCUUUUUGGUUGAUUUCACUCACUGUUAUAUCUUGUAUGGCAUUUAUUAUUGUAUUUUACUGGCCAAAAUUACAAUUUAAUGCAUGUCGAAUAACAUUUGAUACUCUACCAUUGCAUCUGCCAUAUGAAAAAUCAAUAGCAAUGACAAAAACAUUUGAUAUUGAUAUUACCUAUUAUAUGGGUUCACAUUGGGAAGUACCCAAUGAAUCAAUCAUACCAGCCAAUGAUAUUCCUACACUUGAUUAUAAUUCUGAAAAUAAAAUGACAUCGGAAAUUGGCGGCACUAAUACAUUUGAAUUUGCCUUACAAAAAAAUCUGUUCUCUCUAAUUGAUUUUUGUUCACAUUUAAAAUCAUUACAAGAAAAACGGCCUACGGAAAAUGCGGCACAUGAGAGAGAAUUAUUUAAGAAACAUCAUUAUCAAUAUCCUACUUCACACGUGUUAAACAAUCAUUCAUUCGACGAUCCUUCAAUAGCAUCUAUUGAAAACAAAUUAAAUAGUGCAUCGUUAAUAAUAAAUAAUAUUCAUUGUUUUGGUGAUUUAUCUGCAUCCUAUUCAACAUAUUCAUCAUCCAAUACAAAAUUUUCUUCAAUCAUUAUUGACCAGCAAAAUCAAUCAAAUAAUUGUAGUUUGACGUGUUCACCGAAUAGCACAUCAAGUUUACAUGAAUGUAUUCAAUGUCUUAAUUCGUUAUAUUAUAAUUCUAAUAAAUAUGAUGAUUUAUUUCUCGUUAAAAAUGGUCUUCGUUUUAUCAGUGAUGCACAAAAUCCUCGAUAUUUAUUACAAACAAUCAAUUAUAAAUGGACUUUAUUAAGUAAUAUAAAUAAUUUUCACGAAUGGAAAUUAUUAUAUGAAAAUUUAAAAACAAAUUUCAUAGAAAGAUUCUAUUCGAAAAGAUUUUCUCAUUUGUUAUUUUGGUGGUCAAGUGAAUUAUUUUCAACCUAUACAAUGAUGGAACAAUUACAACAAGAAAAAAAUGUUUUAACAGGAAUCAAAUUCCUUGUUAUAUUAAUUACUUUAUUAUUAUUUACGGGCAUUCUUGGCAUAUUAGUCACAUUAACAACAUUAUUUAAUUUCAUCACUUGUAUUGCUGUACUGACAUUAUUGAAUUAUAAAUUAACUGUAGAAAAUAUGUCCUAUUUUACUAUAGUACUUAUUAUUUGUUCACAAUAUUCUAUACUUUAUUCGAUUAGUUAUAAAUUAGCACCAACAUUUUUCUUUCAACGUAAAAAUCGAACAAUAUAUUCUCUGAAACAAUUAUGUACCGCAUUAUUUUAUUUAACAUUUUCAAUUAUUGUGAUAUCAACUCCUUGUUUAUUUUCAUCGUUACCUUAUCUAUCGAAAUCGGCGAUGAUAUUUAUAAUAUCAUCAUCGAUCAGUCUUAUCUAUUCAACAUUUUUUCUACAAUCACUACUUUACUAUAUUGGUCCAGCUGAUCAUACAUGUUUUUUAAUGCCAUGGCGUUUGAAAUGCAUAUUGAGUUCAAGAUCACAAGUCAAUAAUGGUAAUGAUUUAUCAUUGAGAAAUCCAUCAAAUAAAAGCCGACGAUAUCAACGUAUGUCAACAUCAUCGCACGCUGCAUCAUCGUAUUUCUCACAAAUGUUUACUGGUUCAACUUAUUUCGAAAACGAAUACAGUAGCGUUCUUGAUAGUCUAACUGUUUCUUCUCGACGACGAGAAAGUUCACGAAGUUAUCAGAUAUCACAUGCAGCUAAACGUAAUUCAGUAUUAACAGGCGAAACUAUUGAAUUAUAUACUCCACGUGCAAGUCUUGCACCCUACGGACAUCGUCGAUAUUCAAGACAUACGUCCGUAUCACGUGGUGUACCAACAACAGGUCUUGCACGACCACUCUAUGUACUGUCAUCAGCAUCGCCUUAUUUUCAAUCGAGCUUUACUUCUCAAGUUCCUAUGGAGCAACGUUCACCAUCAUCACAUGUCUGUCAACAAUCACGUUCACCAUCGCCCUAUUCAUCUGGCCGACAAUCAUCUGUAGGACCAGCAAGUUCACUGCGUCCAUGUUAUUCAGCUCCUCGUCUACAUGUGUCUCAUCAUCGGCUACAAACAAAUAGUUUAAAACAAACUAAUAUUCUUAUUGAAGAAACUUCUCUAUUAUCAUCUGAUCAAAUUAGACAAACGCCACUGAUGGAUAUUCAACGACAAGAUGUUGUUUCACCGAUAGAUGAAUUUGGCAAACCAUCCGUUGUACCUCAUGAAAAAUUAUCAGCAGCAAAAAAACGGCAGAUGCUAAAAGCAACAACCGUCGAAUCGGGUGGCCAUAAGUGGUUGAAGCGAUCCAGCAGUAGUUAA